GGGAGGAGGAGGAGGGAGGAGGAGGUGGGAGAUUCCCUCCUCCCCAAAGAAAAAGGGUUCAGGAAGCGAGGCCAGGAGGAGGGCGGGGAGAGUGGGCAGUGUUUGGUGAGAGCAGCCAGACAAAUGAAAAAAUGCAUUCUCCAUUGUGAUCCAGUGGGGCCGAAAGAUGAGGCGUAAACAGCGUUACCAACCCAAGUUGCUCAACAGAACUCCAAGAAACAAAACCAGACUUUUGCUCAGGUUCAUUUCCCGCUCCAGGUCUAGCUUCCUGGGAGCCGGACAUCCCGGAGCAGGAGAUGGACAGCGCCCCGAAGGGGGCCGGAGGGGAACGCGACCCGGGCGCGCGCCAGCCCAGCGCCCCUCGGAGGUGCCCGAGGACUCCCUGGGCUCGGCGGCCGGGCGCAGCCGCCGCGGGACCCCGAGGGGCUCUCGCCUGGGUCUGGGCAGCGUGCAGACAACCCGCACCCCAAAUCCAGCAGUUGCGAAGUAGCCGCAAAGCAGCGGGAAUCCGAAGCCACGCAUUCCGGCUGAGUCCGCGGCGAAGCUCAGCACCGAGAAAAGCAGGCGCAGGCCGGGGCGAACCCCACUCGCGCACAGACGGGGCGAGGGGCGACGCCGGUGGCCCGGCGGGCGGGCGUCCCGCAGUGGCGCUCUGCUCUGAGUCACAGGACAGCCAACCCCGGCCGCCCCGCUCGCCAGCCACGCAGAGGACCAACGCCGAGCCGAGCGGGGUCCCUGGGAAGGCCGAGCGGGACGCCUGGCGCUGCGGGACCCUGCGCUCCUCGCCCCCCGCGCGGGCGCCCCCCGAGCCGGGUCCUGCUGACUUUCUCUGGCGGCAGACAACUGACGUGAGUCCUGCGAGGGAGGCGACAGCCUGCCCCGCAGGAGGGCAGAGCGUCCAGGCCGAGCCGGGAUGGAGGCUCUGCGGCUCCCAGAGCUCCCGGCCCGGGCGCUCUCCCUCCACCUCCGGACCCCACGGAGCCGCCCCGCCACGAAACCACAAGAACCGAGUACGACCUGCCGCACGCCCCUCGUGCCCGCUACCCUUCUGGGUCAGGCGUCCCGGGACCUCGCUGGUCCUUCCUAGCUUGGGGCGCGCGCCUCCUCCUCGGACCCCGCUGAGCCCCGGGUGUGAACGCCCUUGUGCCCGUACUGGGGUGGCGGGCUAAGGCGUGCGGAGUCGGGGUGGCUCUCCUCCCGCACUUACCUGAAA